AUGGUCCCCUCCGCCCUCCCUCCCCUCCUUGUCCUCCUCUUGCUCGAGGCGGCCCCGUCUUACGCCUCCGACGUUGUCUACAAGCAUUGCUCUUAUCAGGCUGACUGCACCGACCCCAACUCCCCCAUCUGCAUGACAUUCUGGACAGACAGAUACCUCCCGGACAGAAAGGCCCUGCCUUACGUGAACCUUGGGGUAUGUGUGCAAUGCCAAAGCGACUGCGACUGCGAUCUGGACCAGUACUGCGCACACGACUUUACCCUCUCAAGCUACGGCAGCGAGUACGCUUCUCCAUACUCCAGGGAGAACAGAGACGGAGUCUUGAGGGACUAUGAGGCAUUCAAGGACCUGCCCGUCCGAAGCAUCUGCAAAAAGCGCGAGAUACCGACCUCACUAUGCAGCAGGGAAUACGACCUGACCUCUGACGUCUUCAGCCGAGUCGUAGGGUGUAUACGUCCGAAGGACUUCUGCAUCAGAAGGACAACAGCAAGUUCUGAGCGCAAGGCUGUCCGCUUCGAGAGCGAGACAGAUUACUCCUGCAAGCGGAGGGAGCUGCCCUUUAGGUUUGAACCUCAUGACGAAUGGAUCCUAUCAGACGGCAUCGCUGUGCUUUCCGGUCAAUACCAUACCGAAGGGGGGUACUGCGCAGCAUACAUCGUUGUUGACCAGCAAAACUACAACCCCAACCCUACGCCUACCUUCCUAUCAUUCCGCUCAUUGGGCUUCAGCAUCCGUUCGAGCGCCAUCGAUUGGAGAGGCUCCUGCGUGGACAACAAAUGCCAAGCGUGUAGCGAUGGAAGUGAAGCUUGUAACCGCGACCGGUAUUGCGUGAAUGGCAAGUGGGUUCGCAAGACCUUGACGAUCACAGAGUGGGUGAAGUAUCAGAUUAUCACACAGGUCGGCGAGGUCUCGAUCGCGGCCUUCACGGGACUGUGCUUCCUCUCGGCGGUAGUUUAUGGCAUGGUGCAGCUGCAUACUUCCACUCUUUCUCCCUCCAAUGAUCAAAGUAGUUUGAUAUUCAACUUAGAGUACAACCUCCUGGGAGUUCACUACUGGGGCCCGGAGUUGCCAGCAAGGAACGAGUGCCCGGAGCAUGCAGGAGAUGGUUAUGAUGAGCUCAUGGAGUACGCGAGAAGUCGCAAGGAAGCCAGCGAUGCUUCUGAAGCGAUGGCAUGCUUCAAGAAAGCUGCAGAGGCCGAUCGCCGUCGUCCUGAGCCAUGGCUCAACGUUGGGGAACUUUACAAGUUGGCCGGCCGGCUCGAAGAAGCCGAGGUGGCUCUCAGAAAGUGUGUAUCGCUCGGGCCGACAUGGCCGCUGGCUCACUUCAACCUCGCGAAUGUGCUGAAAGAUCUCGAUCGCAAUGAGGAAUCUCUUGCCGCGUAUCAGGAAGCACUGGAGCUGGACCCUCCGUUCAAGGCGGCUAUCUUCAACAACAUGGCGCUGGUACAUGGAACUUUGAACCAGAAUGACCUUGUCAUCGCAAGCUAUGAGAAGGCAAUGAGGAUUGAUCCUCGCGUUCCGGAGACGCACAACAAUCUUGCCUCUUACUACCAGGCGGUCGGCGACAUGACGAAUGCAGUGAAACAUUACAAGCAAGCUGUUCAGCUAAAACCCGACAAAGGCUUCCUGCUCAACCUUGCGUAUGCACUUGGAGCGAAAGGAGAGACCGCGGAAUCUUUGAAAGUCUACAUGAAGACCAUCGAGAUGUUUCCUGAUUACGCUCUUGCGUAUUACAACCUCGGCACUUCGCUGAUGGGGGAGGAGCGGUACGCGGAGUCGGAGUAUUGCUACAGGUGGGCGGUGAAGCUAGAUGGGACAAGAGCAGAUUACUACAACAAUCUUGCAACAGUAGUGGGAGCAUCGGGUGCAACACACGAGGCAAGGCGAGCCGGUAGGAGUGCAGGAGAAUCUCACGUGGAGAGUUUUUCCCAGGUUAUGGAGAUCUAUGACAUCGUCCUCCGAUUGCAUCCUGGACAUGAGACAGCGUAUUGCAACAUGUAUCAUACCAAGCACGAGAUCUGCGACUGGAGCAACGUCGACUCGCACCUAAAGAAAGUUGGCCGCCUUCUGUCUGUGCUCGCCCUGCAUGACUGCAAACCUCUUCAGGUGGUUGCCAUUGUCAAUCGACAACUCAAAGAAGGCCGGGUUCCAACAGUUCGUGCCUUUCAUGCUCUGGCCUAUGCCGUCUCUGCUGAUUUUGUUCGGCGGCUAUCCGAGGCGUGGUCGAGCUUAGCUGAGAAAGAAGCCUUGAUGAUGGUUCCAAAGGGAUACACGUCCUCCGAUCUGAAGAAACAGCAUCCUGUUGCACACCUAGUCCUCUCCAUGUUCCUCCUUCAUGAUCUACUUUCCUUCGAGGCAAGAGUCGCGGAAGGGGCAGGAAAGCGGAGGAGGAAGAGGAGGAGGAGAAGAGGGCAACGAGAGAGCAAGGAGGUUGAGCGAGGAGCGCAGCAUUUCAUCGACUUGACCCCCGCGCUGUCAAAGUCGCUUGUAGCUGCUGCAGAGGAAGUCAACAGACACAAGCUCCAACAGCCGCACAUUCUGAUCAACCUGAACGGAUACACCAAUGGGGGGAGGUUGGAAAUGUACGCUCUCCGCCCUGCGCCCAUCCAGGUGCAUGGCAUCGGCUACCCGGGAACUCUGGGAGCGACGUACGUUGGUCACAUGAUCACAGACAGGAUAUCCUCUCCUCCCGAGGCUGUUGAGGGCUACACAGAGCAUUUGGUUCUCAUGCCCAACAGCUACCUUAUGAACUCUCUCAAGAACUCUUACCCGCACCUGCUGCAUCCCCGAUACAGACCGAGCGAGGAGAGGAACGAGCUUCUCAAGACCGACCCCUUGCACUCGAAGGUGCAGCAGGACGGAGAGGUCAAGGCGUACAGGAGGCUGGAAAUGGAGACAGCGGUCUUUGUGGGAGUACAGAGGGAUGAUUGGGAUCUGCCGAACAAGAAAGUGCUAAGACCACGAAUCUUGAAGCGAUGGAAACGAAUUCUUGAUAGAGUACCCAACUCUGUCAUCUGGCUCCUCCGAGCCCCACAGGUGGCCGAAGAGAAGGUGAUGCAGUGGUGGAGGGAGGCCGGAGACUACGAGGAGAGGAUUAUCUUUACUGGAACUGCAGCUAAGGAGGAACAUGUCAAGCGCGCGGGCCUUGCAGAUAUCUUCCUUGACACGGACAUUUAUGGAGCACACAGCACUGGAACGGAUGCUCUUUGGGCUGGCCUCCCCCUCCUUUCUCCCACUCAUCUCCUCGGGAUGGCAUCGCGUGUAUCUGCUUCGCUCCUCUCAACCAUCGGCCUAGAGGAAAUGAUUGGCCGGACUCUGGACGAGUACGAAAAUCUCGCAGUUGCGCUAGGAAGGAAUCCCCGCAAACUGCUCGAGAUCCGGCACAGACUGCGGCACGAGAGGUGGAACUCGAGCCUCUUCGACACCAGGAGGUGGAUGGAGGACUGGGAGAAGGGGAUCACGAUGCUCUGGUCGGCGUACGUUGGCAGAGCGGAAGGGAUGAUUCACAGAAACAUGCACGUCGUUCUUGCCCGAUAAAGUUUCAGAGUACCAGACAAGCCGC